UGCAACACAACACAACUCUUCGCAAGUUGAACGACGCCGUUACUACCAUGGCUCCCAAAGUAUCAGGAAAGGCUGCCAAAAAGGCUGGCAAGGCUCAGAAGGCCAUAGCCAAAGGGGACAAGAAGAAGAAGCGGAGGAGGAAGGAAAGCUACUCCAUCUACAUCUACAAGGUGUUCAAGCAGGUCCACCCCGACACUGGCGUGUACUACAAGGUUAUGUCAAUCAUGAACUCUUUCGUGAACGACAUUUUCGAGCGCAUCGCUGCCGAGGCAUCCCGCCUGGCACACUACAACAAGCGAUCCACCAUCACCAGCCGGGAAAUCCAGACUGCCGUCCGUCUCCUUCUGCCCGGCGAACUGGCAAAGCACGCCGUCUCUGAGGGCACCAAGGCUGUCAGUAAGUACACCUCCUCCAAGUAA